AUGUGCUCGGAGUUACGUAGUUGGCCAAUCUUCAAUUCACUGGAGCCGAAGUUCGUCUCCCAGAUUCAUAUGGUUUUCGUAUAUGGUAAGUUGGGAAAUGAAGCCCUAAUCGUGACGAAGGACAAAAUGGUAUACGGCCUUGGUAACGACAUUAACGGUUGUUUGGGGAUCGGAAACGAAAAUGUCACGUUAGAAUUGAAAAAAGUAGAGGCUCUGUGCGGGAAAGAUAUAAAAACGUUCGCAUGUGGCAGCGGACAUGUUUUAGCGCUCACAAAAGAGGGAGAGGUAUACUCUUGGGGCUACUACCAUCGUGGCCGACUAAGAGAUGGUAUAAUAGAUGAUAAUGACACAUUUAUGCUAAACACACCUACUCUAGUGAAACAUGACAUUAUAGAUAUUGCAUGUGGCAGUAACCAUUCCGUCGUUCUAACCAAGGAUUACAAAAUUUACAUGUGGGGAAAUAAUAAAUACUUACAAUUGGGUUAUUUCCAUUCUCAACACUGUUUUUGUAAAAAUGAAGAAAAUUGUGGAAGGAAAUCAUCUCUUAUACUUGAACCUACAUUUAAAGAUACACCUAUAUUAGCGUUCUUCAAAGAGAUGAAGGUUGUCUAUGUCUCUUGCGGCGGGACUUUUACCAUUGUGAUUACUGAAAAUGGCGAUGUAUAUAGUUGCGGCUACAAUUGCGUCGGUCAGUUGGGAAGACCGAGUAAUAAUGAUUUAGAUAAUAUGCUACGACAGGUCGAUUUUUUUAAUGACGCAGUCAAGAUAGUUUGCGGAUUUGAGCAUACGUUGGCGCUUACAAACGGCAGAGAGAUCUACGCUUGGGGUGGGAACAAUAACGGCCAGUUGGGAAUCGGGAACAAACAAUGUUCCAGUAAACCAAUUUUGGUCAAGUAUAAACUGCAACGGAUAAAAUGGAUCGACAUUGCAGCUUUGCCUUGCUAUAACAUAAGCGUUGCUCUCAGCGAAGAAGGACGUGCCUAUGUCUGGGGCGAUUGCUGCGGUCAAAGCAUCUUAACUCCAACCGCCACUUCGUUCUCAAACGUGCACGAUGCAAUUGCGUACUACGGGCCGAGCGUUAUGCAUAAACCGUUGGUUUUGUACAUGAACAAAGAGCCGAGCGUAUUAGAAUCCUUGAAAGCUGCUUUCGAUGAAUCUUCUACGAGCGAUCUCAAGAUACAAGUGGAGGGCCAAUUUAUCCACGUGCACAAAGCUAUCUUAAAGAUCCGCUCUGAGUACUUUAAAACCAUGUUUCAGCAUGAUUGGAUAGAAAACAAUCAAAAUGUCAUCAAACAUGACCAAUUUUCCUAUGUAGUCUACAAAGCCUACCUGAAAUACUUAUAUAUUGAUGCAAUCGAUUUACCUUUAGAGAUGGUAUCAGAACUUUUGGAUCUGGCUGAGACUUACUGUGAGAAAAAUCUCAAGCAGACCUGCAUUCAGAUGAUAAAGCAAGGAAUUACUGCAUCAAAUGUCGAAUAUUUUUAUGGUAUUGCAGUAAAGUAUACUUUAGAGGAGCUACAAGAAUUCUGUAUCAAGUUCGCACUUAAUAACCACAAGUUAGCUUUGCUGUAUGCAGAUGAUUUCGCCAAGCAAGUCCAGAAUAUAAUAAAACCAUUUAUAACGAAGGCGUGCGAAGUUAGUAACUUAGUAAUCCUGUCUCUCAAAGACAACGCACACCUCAAGUGA